AUGGGCUUCAAAUUGCCCAAAAGAGAGACUAUGGACGUACUCAACAUGUAUAAACCACGCUUCAUCAAUAACCCUGAUCUCCCACAGGACUACCUUUCAUUCAGGGAGAAAUCAGAGGUUCGCGUGCAGGAAGCGUUGAUACACAUCAUUGGCGAGACUCAUCCUCGAGAACACUACACACAGGACGAAUGUCGUGGUUUCUUCCGCGGCCCAACGGCUCUAGCAUACUUGCUACUCAGAAUCCACGCCAUAUAUCCCGAAAUAAAGAUUCGUGGGGAAUCCCCCCAGUAUUGGGCAAGUUCUUACCUCAGCGCCAAGCGCACCGGCGGCAAUUCGGCUUCAUGCGGCCUCGCGUGUGAAAGUGCGGCGUACUACGCUGUGGAAGCCAUGUUGGAUGAAACGAAAGCGCCAAGAUUUCGCGAUGAGCUAGGAAAGAUUGUUGAAGAGGAAGAACAUCCAUACGAGAUUCUCUUUGGGCUUACCGGACUACUUUACAUGAUUCGCGCUGUAGAAUUCUUCAAACCGGAGACAGCCUCUCUUUUGAUCACCCUCAAAGCUAGAAUAGUGGAUAAGACCCUGGCCGCCGGUCCAGCAUGGACCUUCCGUGGGAAGCGCUACAUUGGUGCCGUGCACGGCGACGUCGGUAUCUUGACUCAGCUCCUCCUAACAGAUCCGAGCUUGGCAACCAACUCUAUCGUGCGCAAGUCACUGCAGCGGCAGCUGCAGUUGCAGCAUGAAAGCGGAAACUGGCCCACGAGAGACCCUACACCAGAGUUUGAUCGCGUCUACCUCGAGCUUGUGCAAUUUUGUCACGGCGCACCUGGUUUUGUUUUAUCGCUGUUGCACCUCGAGCAAAUGCUUCCUGACAUGAAGGAGCAGAUUGGUAAUGCAAUCAUGCUGGGCAGAAAAUGCAUCUGGCAGGAGGGGCUGUUGAAAAAAGAACCUUGUCUGUGUCACGGCAUUCUAGGCAAUUCCCUGUAA